AUAAAACUACAAAAGCUAUGAACCGAGGAAUAAGGAGUGUAGGACAAAUGGCCACCUCACAUCUUCCCGGCCUCAUUUUCCGGCCAACCCUCCACCGGAAAUGCCACCCACCCACCACCAUCUCCCUCACCCAUCCCCAACUCCGACCCAGAAAAGGCCUCAGAUCACAUGAGAAGCUUGAGGGGGUUGUUCGGUUAAGCAUGGCGGAUCAAGAAAUUAGUCCGCCGCCAACCCCAAAACAAGAAACAGCCCCCAAUUUGGAGGAGCUGGUGGAUUUCCUGUACAAGGAUCUUCCCCAUCUCUUCGAUGACAAAGGAAUUGAUCCCACGGCCUACGAUGCUGCUGUGAAGUUCAGAGACCCCAUCACCCGCCACGAUAACAUUAGAAGCUACCUCCUUAAUAUUGCUACUUUGAAAUACUUGUUUAGGCCUAAGUUCACGUUGCAUUGGGUCAAACAGACAGGACCCUCUGAAAUAACCACACGCUGGACUAUGGUCAUGAGGUUCCUUCUUCUGCCAUGGCAACCUGAGUUAGUCUUCACCGGAACUUCUGUCAUGAAAGUCAACCCAGAAACAAAGAAAUUUAUCAAACAUGUUGAUUACUGGGAUUCAAUUAUGAGCAAUGAAUUUUUUUCGAUAGAAGGUUUAUUCGAUGUAAUACAGCAGUUGUGGUUUUACAAGACCCCAGACUUGGAAACACCUUCUUAUCAAAUCCUAAAAAGAACUGCAAGUUGCCAGAUAAGAAAGUAUGAUCCAUUUGUAGUUGUAGAAGCAGAUGGCGAUGUGUUAUCAGGAUCAAAAGGUUUCAAUGAUGUGGCUGGGUAUAUCUUUGGAAAGAACUCUGCAUCGGAGAAGAUACCUAUGACUACUCCCGUGUUCACUCGGGCAUCAGAUGAUCAAAAAUCCGAAGUCUCAAUCCAGAUUGUUCUUCCAUCAACUAAAUCUUUGAACAGUUUACCAACUCCGAAUGAAGAAGGACUAAAAUUGAGGAAAGUUGAAGGAGGCAUUGCUGCAGUGACCAAAUUCAGCGGGAAACCAACAGAGAACAUUGUUCUAGAGAAGGAGAAAGAGCUGAGGUCUAGUCUUAUUAGAAAUGGCCUCAAACCUAAACCGGGGUGCCUGCUCGCUCGCUACAAUGAUCCUGAUAAAACUUGGGAACACAUAAUGAGAAAUGAAGUGCUUAUAUGGCUGGAGGAAUUCUCACUGGAUUGAUGCUUUGCCAAUUUUGGUACCUGGAGACUGGAGUAGAGGAGCAGUAGAAGACAUUUUUCAUAUGUACUAUUCAAGCUGUAUAUGUGUUUUUGUUGUUUUGUACUGUAUAGUUGUAAAGAUACACUUGAUUUUGAGAUAUGAAUCAGGGAGGAAUGUUGAUUCAUAACAAACCAUCCUAGUCUAGUAGGUUAGUGUAGUAUUUGGUCUAAGGUUUCUUUAGAUAGUUUAAUGUAAAAGGGAAAAGAAAUCAUGAUUUUUUUUUUUUAAAUUUCUUUAUUGAAAUGAUAUGAUUUAGUGCUAUA